UCACACCCAUCGAGGGCAACAACAAAGGAACAAUGGCUGUAGAGCAGCAGCAGCAGCAGCUGGAGGUGCUGAAGGCGCUGGACGCGGCCAAGACGCAAUGGUACCACUUCACGGCGAUCGUCGUCGCCGGCAUGGGCUUCUUCACCGACGCCUACGACCUCUUCUGCGUCUCCCUCGUCACCAAGCUCCUGGGCCGCAUCUACUACGCCAUCGACGGCUCCCCUUCACCCGGCACGCUCCCGCCGCACGUCUCCUCCGCCGUCAACGGCGUCGCCUUCGUGGGCACGCUCUCCGGGCAGCUCUUCUUCGGCUGGCUGGGCGACAAGCUCGGCCGUAAAAAGGUCUACGGCAUCACGCUCAUGCUCAUGGUGCUCUGCUCCGUGGGCUCCGGGCUCUCGUUUGGUCACACCCCGGCGUCCGUCAUGGCCACGCUCUGCUUCUUCCGCUUCUGGCUCGGCUUCGGCAUCGGCGGCGAUUACCCGCUGUCGGCCACCAUCAUGUCCGAGUACGCCAGCAAGAAGACCAGGGGAGCUUUCAUCGCCGCCGUCUUCGCCAUGCAAGGCUUCGGCAUCCUCGCCGGCGGGCUCGUGUCCAUUGUCGUGUCGUCGUCGUUCAGGGCGCUGUUCCCGGCGCCGCCGUACGAGGUUGACCCGGCACGGUCAACGCCACCGCAGGCCGACUUCGUGUGGCGGGUCAUCGUCAUGCUCGGCGCGCUCCCGGCGGCCUUGACGUACUACUGGCGCGCCAAGAUGCCGGAGACGGCGCGGUACACGGCGCUCGUGGCCAACGACGCCAAGAAGGCCGCCGCCGACAUGUCCAAGGUGCUCCAAGUCGACCUCGCCGAGGAAGAAGAUGUCGUCGUCAACGAGAACAGGCCGUACGGGCUGUUCUCGGGCGAGUUCGUGCGGCGGCACGGGCGGCACCUUCUGGGAACGUCGGCGACAUGGUUCCUGCUGGACAUCGCCUUCUACUCGCAGAACCUGUUCCAGAAGGACAUCUUCAGCGCGGUGGGGUGGAUCCCGGCGGCGGCCACCAUGAGCGCGCUGGACGAGCUCCACCUUAUCGCGCGCGCCCAGACCCUGAUCGCGCUCUGCGGCACCGUCCCGGGGUACUGGUUCACGGUGGCGCUCAUCGACGCCGUCGGCCGGUUCUGGAUCCAGCUGGGGGGGUUCUUCUUCAUGGCGGCCUUCAUGCUGGGCCUGGCGGUCCCGUACCACCACUGGACAGGCCAGGGCCAGGGCCACCAGGUGGGCUUCGUGGUGCUGUACGGGCUCACCUUCUUCUUCGCCAACUUCGGGCCCAACAGCACGACGUUCGUCGUCCCCGCGGAGAUCUUCCCGGCCAGGCUGAGGGCGACCUGCCAUGGCGUGUCGGCGGCGGCGGGGAAGCUGGGCGCCAUUGUUGGGUCGUUUGGGUUCCUGUACCUGGCGCAGAACCAGGACGCGGGGAAGACAGACCAUGGGUAUAAGGCCGGGAUCGGGGUCAGGAACUCGUUGUUUAUACUGGCAGGGUGUAAUUUGCUUGGGAUGGGGUUUACUUUGCUGGUGCCGGAGUCCAAGGGGAAGUCCCUCGAGGAGAUGUCCGGCGAGAACCAGCCGGUCACCGGCAGCGGCGGUGAGGCCGCCGGGAAUGAAGGCUCGUACGUAGGAGUACUGCACUGCUUGCUUCGCUAGCUAGCACAGUGCAACGUAUCCAAUUAGUCUACCUUAAGUUGUUGAGUCGCCGUACGUAGCGUAACGACGUACGUGCAUAUAUAUGCAUGCAUGUAAUGUGUUGGUUUUUGUUGUGAGUGUACGUAGCAUUAAGCGCUUGUCUAUUAGCUCCUAGAAAAAUAGGAGGCGAUAUAUCGAGUGUAUUUGCUUGCAAUCUAUAAUACUAGAGCAUAUGUCUAAGUUUCUGAAAAAUAACAAGUA